UGACAGAUGUCAAAUCGCACUCAUGCUGUUUUCUAGUCUCACGUGUUUUUUGUUAUGAUUGUAAAUAAUUGGAAAUUUACUUGUUAUUUGUAUAACUAGAGCACCAUAAAAAUACUAAAAUGCCCGCAAUACUUCAGAACGACGUCCUAGUAUACAAAGGCAGCAAUUUCUUGCGUCAGCGGCUUUUAUUAGCCACUUUGAGUGCACGUCCCGUUCGGAUCGAAGAGAUUCGCAGUGGGCACGAUGAUCCCGGGCUGAAGGAGUACGAAGUGAACCUGAUCCGGCUGCUGGACAAAGUGACCAACGGCACGCGGGUAGAGCUGAGUGAGACCGGCACCUCCUUGUACUUCCAACCUGGUAUUUUGAUUGGAGGCCAGGUCUCGCACGACUGCUGCCCCCAGAGGGGUAUAGGUUACUAUCUAGAAGUGCUCCUGGCGCUAGGUCCGUUCUGCAAGGAGCCUCUCAAUGCGGUGCUGAGAGGAGUGACACACAGUGACCUGGAUGUCUCCGUGGACAAGAUCAAGGCAGCUGCACUACCCAUUCUACUCAAGUUUAUUCUAGUUGAUGAUGGGCUGGAACUCAAAGUUGUUAGAAGAGGAGCCCCUCCCCUAGGUGGUGGUGAAGUGGUGUUCCGGUGUCCUGUGAAGCGCUACCUGAGACCCUUGCAGUGGACCAAGUGGGGGCUCGUGAAGAGGAUACGAGGAGUGGUCUAUGCACUCAGGGUCUCACCCACUAUGGCCAACAGAGUGGUUGAAUCUGCUAAAGGGGUAAUGUUAAAGUUCCUGCCAGAUGUGUAUAUCAACACAGACCAGUGUCGCGGGGCCAAUGCUGGCAAGAGUCCUGGGUUCGGCAUCAGCCUGGUUGCAGAGACCAACGAGAAGACAUUCUACUGUGCUGAGGCAAAAUCCGCCGAGCCCGGGCAAGGCGAGACCUCCCUCCCCGAAGACCUCGGCGUGCAGUGCGCGCGGCGUCUCCUGGAUGAGAUCUACCGCGCCGGCGCGUGCGACAGCAGCUUCCAGUGGCUCAUGGCGCUGUGGAUGGCGCUCGGGCAGAAGGACGUCAGCGAGUGUGUUGUGGGACCUCUAUCCGACUACACGAUAAGCUUUCUCCAACACCUGAAAGAGUUCUUCGGUGUGAUGUUCAAGCUAGAAGUAGAAAGAAGAGAAGAAGACGAGGAGUCUGAUGAUGAUGAUGAUGACGACGCGGUGGCGACCGCGCAGAAGAUCAAAAUGACGUGUGUUGGCAUCGGAUACAUUAAUAUUAGUAAACGGACUUUGUAAAGUGGAAAUUGAGUUUGUAUUUUAGAAGUUAAGGCAGAGGAGUUGGUAGGAGUGUGAAACAUGAUGUUAUGAAGACUAAAACUAGAUUGAAAUAAUUGUGGAUAACUAAAGUUCUGGAUAUACUUAGAUUUCAUUGGACUAAAUUCUAUUCAAAAUAUUGAUUUAAAGUUAAUGUCAUAAAAUAUAUGGACCAAAAAAACAAAAUAAAUUUUUAGAUUUUUAUUUUUAUAAUAAUCUUAGCAUAAUCUCUUACAAAAUAAGCUUAGAGCUAAAUAAUUUAGUACAGUCUAUUUUAAGCCAAAGCUUGCAUUAUUUUAUCAGCAUUUUCUCUUUAGACUGACUGUACCGCAAAUAAUUAAGGCACAUAAUGAUUCUCGUUCGCUAUUCUGGUAACAAGUUGGUAUGUUUUAUAAAAUACGAAUACGUUACAAAGCUAUAAGUAGGUGAAAGUACAGUUCAGCACAUCUAAGAUAUAGCUACAAAAGAUCUAAUGUCUCUAGUUGAACAUAACACGUGUGAUAGUGCUUA